CCAGCAGCUUGAAGAGUUUCUCCGCGGUGUGAUGAGGCUCCGUGGCUCCGCGGAGCGCCGGGAGGAGACGGGAGAGACGGGGGAGGAGGCGCGCGGAGGGGCUCCGGAGAAACCGAGAGAGAGAGAGAUGGCGGCGGGAGGAAUCACCACACUCCCGGCCUCACCGGACGACGGGGCGAGCGGAGGCUUUCCUUCGGGGAACUUCAAGGAGCCCAAGCGGCUGUACUGCAAGAACGGCGGAUUCUUCCUCCGGAUCAACUCUGACGGGCGAGUGGACGGGAUCCGCGAGAAGAGCGACCCGCACAUUCGGCUGCAGCUCCAGGCCACGGCCGUCGGUGAGGUGGUGAUUAAAGGGAUCUGCGCGAACCGUUACCUCGCCAUGAACUCGGACGGACGACUGAUCGGAACGAGGAGAACAACGGAUGAAUGUUAUUUCCUGGAGCGCCUGGAGUCGAAUAACUACAACACGUACCGAUCCCGGAAGUAUCCCGACUGGUACGUGGCUCUGAAGAGAACAGGCCAGUAUAAAGCGGGAUCGAAGACCAGCCCGGGUCAGAAGGCCAUCCUGUUUCUGCCCAUGUCAGCCAAGUGCUGAUGGAGAGAUGCUGUCAGACCUGAGGCGAGAGCGACAGACCAC